UACUGCUGCUUUGCCUGAGACACUAUAAAAAGAGAAGAGCGAGAAGGAGGACAAGCAGAUAGCGUAGAGAAGGGAACUAGGAUGUCCGAGUCUGAGGAAGAGCGCCGGCCUCGACCCAUUGGCGUCGCAGACGGAAGCGGUGAAGACAGCGGCAUGGAGCGAACCGAUGCGGCCGGUGCUAAUAACGGCACCGAGCCUGGGCUGGAUUCGACGGGGGUGGCGGCGCCAGAAGAGGUCACCACCGCAAAGAAAGUCUCAAACAGGCCGCCCGCUUUCUCGGAGAACCACUUGGUCAAGGAGAAAGGGUUGUGGCAGGUCUACAAGGACUUCCCUCAAAAGUGUCGGUACAAGGGCAGGGGGCGCGAGGCUGAGUUCCUGCGAGGUCUGAUGGUCGCCUACAAGGAGUGGGGCUACCAGCUGUACCCAGGGGUCGCCUUCGAGGACCUGGCCAGCCGGACGGAGAAGCUGGCCGGCAGGGCCCGCACCCGCAGCCUCAUGCGCGAGCUCCGGGACACGGAGAGGGACCGCGUGCUGGAGGCCAAGUUCGGCCGAGAGGCCGUAGACGACGUCCACUCGCAGGAGGCAGCAAGGCUCGCCGCCAAGGAGAGCAAGACGGCGGCCGCCGAGGGGGACCGGGCCGAGGAGCGCGAGGACGAGGAAUUCGCGGGUAGUCGCUACACCAUGGAGGUGGACGGAGACGGGGGCGACGAGGGAAAAAGCGACCGUCAGGUCGCCGCCGAAGGGUCUGCGGCGGCCAUGUCGGAGCAGGUACGGCAACGCAUCGAGGCGAAUCGCCGGUUGGCUCUCGACCGACUGCGCUCGAAGAAACAUGAAGCGUCGGUUGCGGCGGCGGCGGCCGCGGCGUUGACGACAGAAAAGGAGAACGACGGGGGUGCUGCUGCCAUGCUCGCUGCGAACGACGGCAGCAGAGAAGUCGAGGAUCUGGAGGAGGAUCUGAUGGACGUUGAUGGCGGCGGCGGGCCGGGCGACGGCUUCGAUGACGACGAAGCCGCGCUGGCGGACAUGGAGACAGAACAAAUGGCGGCCCGGCCGGUUGCUGCUGAGGCCUCACGGAGGAAGAACACCGUGGCAGAACCCGGGCCUGCUGUCGUUUCCACGUCCCCUGCUUCGACCUUGGCGGUGGAGAGUGAUGAGACUGCUGGUGCCGUGGACGAGGAACUGGCGCCGCCGGAGCCAUCGAUACGAGAAGACGAGGCAAUGGAGGACACCGGAAGCAGAGCUUCCGGCGCUAAUACUGCUGCUGCCGUUGUUGCCGAUGAUGCCAAGGACCCGGCUCCUGUUUCUGCCGCCGCUGACGGGGUUGCAAGGGGGGGGGCACGUGCAGCAGGCGCAGGGUGCGCCGGCAACGUUGACGAAGCGCCGGCAACAUGGGCUGCUGAUGCUGCAGGGGGUGGCGAGCCUGAUGCUACCGCGGGAGAGGAGAGUGGCGGCGAGCUGCCUCCCGCUUCAGAGCCGGGCACACCAGGCCCGGGCGUAGGCGGCGGGCAAGACAGAGACGGUGCGAACGAUGAAGCUGCCUCAUUGCGAACGAUGACGGCGGCGGCGGCGGCGGCGGCAGGGGCUGAUGGAAUCACUGGUGGUGCUAAGGUAGAUGAUGCGGUUUUGGGCGGUGGUGAUGGUGGUGGUGGUGCUCCAGAGCCUGUGGCGGCGAAAGGAGACGAGGAGGGGGCAUCGUUCAGUAGUCCUGCCAAGUGCAGGUCGGCGACGGCGGCGGCAAGCGGUUUGCCGCUGUCGCCGCUCGGCACCCUGUUCGCAGGUACUGAUGUUUCUGCGGAGGGGGGGCUGGCGGUGGUGAGGGAGCCGCUAGGAGGACUCUUCUCAGACGAAAACGUCUAGGUUUCCAUCCGAUGUACGACGCGCAGCACAAGUCAGCUGGUAUUGUCCGCAGGCGCAGGAGUCGCUUCAUCAACUGGAGCGGUGUGAUGCUCUACUUUUCCCCUUAUGGCGUAGGAUACUUUGUGCCGACGUGAAAUGUUCCUGCUGUGUUUACGAUACUCAUCCUGCCACAGGCCCACCGCUGUCGGAAGUCGCGACGUUGGGCACGUCCGCUUGCGUAUUCUGGGGUAGCUUUGCAGAGGGGCCGCCUCCGGUUGAUCAUGGGCUACUCGGGAUCCCACAAGCAAGAAGGUCGUUCUCCUUUGUUUUUUGCCGGGCGUCAAGCAAAUGAUUUUGGAUGGAGACCGUAGUUAUGGCCCUGUGUUCGUCUGAACUUGUGCUGUAGUAGUGUCUGCCCCCUACAGCUGCCAUGUAUGUACAGGGAGGGGAAGGCACGCGCGGAAUAUGCCGAGGGACGUUGAAAACACCUCGAGUGCAAGGGAAAUAAUCAACGAUAAACGUGGACGCAUGCAUGCAUGCAUGGACGCACCCGUCUUGGAGGCAUUCUUCUUGUCUUUGUUGUUCUCCGAAUACUGCGCUGUAGUUUUUUCGAGCUGCUCUGCACAAUCAUUCGCUUUUGUUUGCGGGCAAUUGUUUUUCGUCUCGCAAACCCUCGAACCCAACUAACCCUUGUUUGUCCCGGACUCGUGUAGUUUGGGUGCGUGCGCGGAAGAAGGUUGGUUGUUGGUGUAUGCGAGGAAGGGAAUUUCGCUCUGCUGCCACACAGCUGCGUCGUGCAUGCGCUUGCUAGUCUUUCGCAUCCCAUAUUAUGUGGCUUGAUUUUGAUGGCGAAGAAAAGUGAAGUGAGUGCCAAACACCACUUACUUGCACUCGGAAGGUUGAGAGUUUUCGAUUCUUCCCUCGCUGAUGCGACGAAAAAUCGAAGUACUUCUGAUUCUGCUUAUAGCGGCGGAAACAAUUUUUUUUGUGAGUACGAAAGGUACCUCAAGGUCGGCGAAGGAAAGUAACCGGUGACCCUUCUCGCGAUAGAAAAUACUUCAUAUAUAUGAUGAAGUAGCCCCGCCACGCCGGCGACGGAAAAGAGUGUGUGUGGUAGUAGUGUGGUGUGAGGUACAAGUUGGUUGUGGCCUUGGUGUGGCGAUAUAUAUAUAUUUUCAAAAAACAUAGACUACACUGAUUGGUGGCCAAGUUUGCGUGUUUGCUUGUUCGUUCGUGGUCUCUUCACAGUGUGCCUUUUUUCUGUCUCCUAUUUCUUGUUUAUUUCGGCCUGGUCCCUUUUGUUCUCGCUCUUUUUCGUUUUAUUUUCUCUUUCCUUCCUGUU